AUGGGACAACAAGCAAGCCAUCAACAACCAUCUUUAUCAGCAAAUGAUGAAACUACUACUCAAAUUAUAGGAUCAUGUAUUGAAAAACAAAUGGAGGAAAAUAAGUAUUCAUACAAACACUAUGUAGAACAAGUUAGAAGGGAUAAUAACUAUUCAAAUACAAUACCUUCUCAUUGGAUUGUAAAAAAUGAUGGUAAAUUAACUGAAUUUCAAUAUCCAUACGAAGGGUUUAAAUCAGCUUCUACAACGGAUGUUAUAAAAUUUCAAAGAGAAAUGGCAAAGAACAAACCACAAAUUCCUUCCGAUACAGAACUUCCACAAAUCAAACCAAAUACGGAUCUUUUAUUCAAUCCUGAUAUUCGAUCAGUCAAAGGUGACAAUAAUGUUACUCCACAAGUAACUUGGAUUGGACAUUCUACAUUUUUAAUUCAAUACAGAGGUGUAAAUAUUCUCACAGAUCCUGUAUUUUCAGAAAGAUGCAGUCCUUCACAAUAUUUUGGUCCUUCACGCAUAAAACCCCUUCCAAUAGAUAUUGAAAAUCUUCCAACAAUUCAUUACAUAAUUAUCUCACAUAAUCACUAUGAUCACCUUGAUUAUAAUGCACUCAUUAAGAUUCAACAACAUCAUGAUCCAAUAAUUUUACUUCCAUUGAGAAUGAAAUAUUCAUGGAUGGAAAAAUUUUAUCAGGAAAAGAACCACAAGGAAUUGAGCAGUUUGAAACUAGUGGAAUUGGAUUGGUGGAAAUCUGUUAGUUUUAACACAUCUAUGAAACACAAAACUGAUUCUCAAUUGAAAUUUGAUUCUAAUAUUACCUUCACAUUCCUUCCAGCUCAGCAUUGGUCAUUGCGAUCAGGUUUCGAUAAAAAUGAGGCAUUGUGGGGAUCUUGGGGUGUUGAAUUCCAAUUUAUCAAAGAUCAUGAUAACAUUGAAACAGUACAGAAUGUUGAUACAAUUGAACAAGAAAAGAUUAGAAAGUUCAAAUUAUGGUUUGCUGGUGAUACCGGUUAUUCUUCUGAAUGUUUUACAGAAAUAGGUAAUAGAUAUGGCCCAAUUGACAUGUCAUUUAUUCCAAUUGGAGCUUAUGAACCUAGGUGGAUGAUGAAACCACAACACAUUAACCCAGAAGAGGCUGUACAGAUUGCUCUAGAUGUCAAAUCAAAAAAACAAAUUGGUAUGCACUGGGGAACUUUCAUUUUAACCACUGAGCCAAUAAUGCAACCAAAGAUUGAUUUGGAAAGCAAUUUGGAGAAGAGAGGAUUAGAUAAAUCCUUCUUUGAAACAAUGAAUCAUGGAUCUACAAAUAUUUGGGAAAGUACUGAAUAAUUUUGAAACGAGCAACUUGUUGCAUAAUUUAUUGUAAAUAAAUUGUAAAUAUAUUAUCU